CUCAUUUGGAGUUCCAAAGCUGAGCGUCCAAGUUGGGAAUUUCAAGGAUACCAUGACUCUCAUCAUCUAAAGCACUUAAUAGUACUUCUCACUCUGAAUGGAAAUGAUAAUGCUGCUACAAAUGUUAGUGCAGUGGUAAGAAUUAACAUCAACAAACAUGUCAUGUUUUACAAGUAUGAUUCAAAUGCAUUUGGGGUUAUGUGUACAGGGCACAGAGAAGUUUCUCAGAGUGUUAUAAAAGAGAUGAAACUGCAGCUCACAAAGCUGUAUAGUCUUGGGCUAAGGAAUUUUCUGGUGUCAAAUAACAUGCCCUUUGACUUUCAACCUGGUUAUUUACAGUCUGGAGCAGUAUGCUUCAACAUAACAAUGGAGUUAGUGUCCACCCACAACAACUAUAUAUCACAAGCUAUUUCAGAGCUGAGUGAACUUGAAGAUACCAACUUCCUUAUGCUUGAUUUCUUUGUAGCCUUCUCUCAUAUAAUCUUGAACCCAUUUGCAUAUGGAAUCCAUGAGAUGAGUAGAUUGUAUUGUUCUAGAGCUGGAAACAUGAGUAGCUCCAUUGUUGGGUGUGCUGAAGAGCUCUUUUUCAUCUCUGCAAGUCUCAUGAGGAAUUUUCCUUUUUUGAUUGGUACCAUCCUACUCAAAAGGGAUGGCAAGUGAUGAUAAAUCUUCACUACUCAAAUUGUGGGUUUGUUCAAGAUGGUUCUUCUUCUCGUCUUCAAUCAUUAGCGGAAUGGCUUUCGAAGAGGGCGGGAUUGGAUUCUUAUCCUCCCAGAUUUUAACAAAAAAACAUCCAUGGAAAAGUGAAUCAUAAACAUUAAAGUUGGGAUCACGAAUUGUCCAUUAUAAUCAAUUCUUCAAAAGAAAUAUACAUUCUAUUGCAAGAUGAAAAAACUUUCGUAUUGGUACCGUAUUUUAAUGGCUUGAUCAUCACCAAGAAUUCUUUAUUCAUGAUUAGGUCCAUAGAGUGUCCUCUCUACAAUAGAUUUUAAACAGUAGAUUUGGGAUUGUUUCAUUAGUGGGUUAGUGAUUGGCUUAGUUAGGGUUUACAAAUAGGUCACAAUUUAGCAUACACAAUAUCUUAUACUCAUAACUUAGAGGUAGUCUUAUAUACCCCGCACAUACUUUGUCUUGAUAUUUUUAUUUUGUUGUUGGCAUGGUUUCUCACUUCAUGCAAGAACCUUAUGGACUUCAUUGGAACACUACCAAACAUGUACUAUAUUAUGUGAUGGGGACAUACUCAUUUGAGAAACAUUAUUAGAU